CGGCGGUUGCCAUCGCCGGCUCGCCGCUUGCCGGCUUGCGCCCAGCGUCCUGGCCCCGUGGCCCGCCCGGAACCAGAAGGCGAGCUGGGCCUGAGGGAUCUGAGCAGCGUGGCUUGGCGCUCGGCCAGCCCAGACCGAGACCCGCGUGCAGCGUGCCUGACUGCCUGCCCAGCGCCCAGCUGCGCUUACUUCCUUGAUUGCUUGGCUUCCAGAGUUCCAGUUUCACUGUUCCAGCCACAACCAGUAAGAUUUCAUCUUCAGGACGAGUGACAAAUGGAUAAAGAGGCAAGUGCCGUGGAUAGCUCCUCACUACUCUGUCAGGUUGAAGAACUACAAUGUGAAAGAGAUGAAAAGCAGCACUUGGAAGUAUUGAUCCGUCGUGUUGAGGGGCUCCAAUAUGAACUGGAUGAAAAAACAGACCUAGUUGAAGUAUUAACUCGUCGAGUUGAAGAACUCCAGCGAGAACGAGAUGAACUCAGGAAAGAUAUCGAGCAAUUAUGUAUGCAACAAGCUGGGCCUGGAUAUGUUUCUGUUGCAACUCGAAUGCUUUCUCAGAGGACAGCUGCUUUGGAGCAGGAUAUUGAAAAUCUUCAGAAGAAGUUAGGUGGAUGUUUAAGAGAGAACCAAAAUUUGCAAGAGGAGCUUUCUGAGGCCUAUAGAGUUAAAAGUCAGUUUGCUGAAUUACAUGGGGCUGAGCUAUCAAAGAACAAGGAGCUAGAGAAGCAAGUAAGAUUUUUCCAAAGCAGCGUUGCUCAAGCAUUUGCUGAACGAGACAAUUCACUAAUGAAGUGUGAGAAAGCAAAGGAGCAAGAAGAAGCAAUAUUACAAAAGUUUGCAAACUUUGAGGAAAGGACAAAAGAAUAUCAAUCUUCGAUUGAUGAUCAGAAACGGUUAAAUGAUGCGUUGCAAAUGGAGUUGAUGGGGCUUAAAGAGCAGACUCAAUCUUCCUCAAAAGUUAUUGAAAAAUUUUAUGAGGUUCGUUGUAGAGACUCUGACUGCUCUUUGAACAUUAGUAUUGAAGAAAAAUGUUCAGUUCUUCUGGACGAUUCUGCUGAUAAUUGGAGUUUCAGCUCAGAUGGAGGAACCUCAACUUCGAAGUACAUUGCAUCUCUAGAAGAAGAGAAAGAUUCACUGAGAGCUAAAAUAUCUAAGCUUCAAAACAAUCUAAGAAUGGGUCUUGAAAUUGAGCAACAUUUGCAAAGAAAUGCGCGAAUAUUAGAGAAAAGACAGGCACUCUAUGACGAGUUUAUAAGAAAUGGACUGUCAGCUCUUCAAAAGCUGUAUGUACAACAACGGGAUGAAAUUAUGAAAAUAUUGGAAGUAGAAUCAUCUCAGUUGAGCACUGUUGUCAAUGUGAUUCAAGAUAGGUUGGGUAAAAUUCUCAUCAACCCUGAAAUCAUUGAAAACCCUGUCGGAGAGAUGCAAUGCUGUGACAGCAGUUGUAAAGAUGUGCAUGUCAGUAUGGAUGUCAGCCCUAGCACCAGCUCUAAGGAUGACGUUCCUUCUGAUUGUACAACAUUUGGUGAAUCGGAUGUGCUUGCUCAAGCUUUGCAUGAGAAGAUGGAGGCACUUAUGCUCUUCUCACAGGAGCAAGAAAGAUACCUACUGGAGAAACAAAGAAAUCAAAUUGUUAUCGAGGAGCUUCAGAAGAACUUAUCUCAAGUAAAAGAGGAAAAAGUGAAAAUCUUGGUAGAAUUAGCAAAACUUAAAGAAGAAUAUUUGAUGUUGAAGGGAAAUUCAACACCAAAGGAUGAUCAUGGUGCUGGCGAUAAUAUGAAAAUCAUUCCUGCACAUGGUCGUCAAGGGAUGUUUACAAGUAUCCUGAAUAGAGCAUCUCUAAAACAUUGGAUGAGAAAAGAAAACAUUAAUAUUGGUCAUGAGUACUCUGAUGAAAAUGAUCAUACAGUCGCAAAAGAUUACUCAGUGGAUCUUGCAAGGGUUAAAGUUGAAAAUGCUGCUCUUUUGGAAAGUGUUGCUACUAUGGAGCGCCUCACUUCUUCAGUGCACAGACUGCAUAUUGUGCUUAUGAAGGCCUAUGAGAGUGUCAAGUCAACUGCCUCUUUAGAGAGUACUUAUGAAGCAUUGGACAGCCUCAUAACCGAAGCAAACCUUAUGAAGACAGCUGUUGGUGUAGCUCUCCCUGUAAGCUGGUUAGGGGAUUCAUCAGAUGCUAUUACGUCUGAUGCGCUGCAUGAUCCAUCUGAAUCACCUAAAUCAUCGAAGUCGGAGAAACAAGAUCCCCUCAGCUCUGCGAGCUUGGAGAUGGUGGAGCUACUAAUAUUAGCUGCUGAUAUCCUCAAGGAGAGCUUUCUAUUGAAUAAAUAGAUGUGAUCAUCGUUUACUUCGCUACAUUUUGUCUAGGUUGGAAGGAUAUAAUUUGAUGCUGAAAAGGAGAACCGUUUGGUGUAUAUAGGACAGUUCUUGGUGUAUUUGUUUAGGUCAGAUGGACUAAAAUUUAGUCCCCUUUGGGUUACCAUUUGGUGUAUAUACGUCAAUGCAAUUAUUUGGAAUAUAAUCACAUCUGUCCAAUAAUAACAGAAUUACUCCGUCCGUCCAUACCAAAUAAGGGUUUCUAGUUUGUUCAGCGCAGUUUAGGGUCGAGGUGAAACUACAUGGAUACUUUUGUGAGUUUGUUAAAUACCACAUUUAGCUAUGCAAAUAAAAGUGUGCAAUAAAUGCAGUCGUUG